AUGCUGACCACUCUGAUCCCGCUCAGCUACUCGAAGAUCGAGAAGGUUGGUGAGUGUACCUAUGGUGUGGUCUACAAGGCGAAGGAUGUCACGACCGGCCAAGUUGUGGCGCUGAAGAAGAUCAGGCUCGAGGCGGAGGACGAGGGCGUCCCAAGUACGGCCAUUCGGGAGAUCAGCUUGUUGAAAGAAUUGAAGGACGAGAAUGUGGUCAGGCUCUUGGAUAUCGUCCACGCAGAUGCGAAGCUCUAUCUCGUAUUCGAGUUCCUCGACGUGGAUCUCAAGAGGUACAUGGAGCAUGCGAACAAGGUUGGCAGUCCCAUUACUCCCGACAUAGUCAAGAAAUUUACCUAUCAACUCAACUCUGGUCUUCUAUACUGCCAUUCGCACCGCAUCUUGCAUCGCGAUCUCAAACCGCAAAAUCUGCUGAUUGACAAAUAUGACAACCUCAAACUAGCAGAUUUCGGUCUUGCGAGGGCGUUCGGCAUUCCGAUGAGGACGUACACGCACGAGGUCGUAACGCUUUGGUACCGUGCACCGGAAGUGCUGCUGGGCUCGCGCCACUACUCGACAGCUAUCGAUAUGUGGUCAGUUGGCUGCAUCUUCGCUGAGAUGGUGAUGAGAGGGCACCCGCUCUUCCCUGGCGACUCCGAGAUCGACCAGAUUUUCAAGAUUUUCAGGGUCCUUGGGACGCCGAGCGAAGAGAUCUGGCCAGGCGUCAGCCAGUUGCCGGACUACAAGCCGACGUUCCCCCACUGGUCGCCACAAGACCUUUCCGACCAUGUGCCGUUGUUGGACGAAGGCGGACUCGACCUCCUGAGGGCCAUGUUGACUUACGACACCAGCAAACGUAUCUCAGCGAAGCGGGCGCGGGUGCACCCCUACUUCGAGGAGCUGAAGCUAUGA